AUGACGUGGUCCACCAAAGAGAGCAAGUCGGCCGAAAUGCAGGAAGAUCGUGUCGCGCAUCAGCUUCGUGAAGUGAUUCAAAUAGUCAAAGCGACGUUCACCCAUGUAUUCGAUAUGUACAUCAGCGGACCCCAUGUGCUGGUGAACUAUGUGCGGGAUAGUCAAACCAACUUUAUGAAGUCCCCCUCUUCCAUUGCUCGCUUGUUUUCCCCGAGUACCAAUGCUUAUUUAUUGGUACGCUAUUUACCAGAACCUGUGCAAAAUUACUCCCCACCUAUGGAUACAGGCGAUCCAUUGACGGUGGACGAAGUGCGACUGGCCAUGCAAGCGUGGCUUGAUCAGGUUCAUCACCUGCUUCGUGAUCAUUUAAAUUCCAUAUUACAACAACUGACGACGCAAAAGAAACUGGUUCAAGUGCGUUCGCGUGUAUGGGAGCUUUUGCAGAAGGAUGAUCAGCCUGGCUCCGGUUGGCAACAGGUUUGCCAAGGCCUCCUGGGAACCCAUUAUUCCAUUUGGAAUACAUUACUGCGUGACAGUAUCAAUGAACAGGCGAAACAGUUGAUUCGAGCAGGACUCCAUGAAUUGGCUCAACAACCCAAGCAAUCCGUAUGGCCCCUCCUUGCGGAUGGGCAACAACCUCACAAAGGUUUUCAAUUAUCACUGCCCAUCUGGCCCAGUUCUCGCCGUCCAAACUCUGUCAUUACACUACCAAACUCAUCCAACGUAUCAGAGAUUGAAUCUUUUAAAAGAAUGGUCAAACAGGCCGCCAACGAACGAACCACCGCCAUUGAACAGUUGCAGUCGAAAUUUGAUGAAAAGCUGCAAUCACUCCGUCAAGAUGUGGAAUAUCAUUUAGCUUUCCGUGAUCAGGAAGUCUUUGAUUGCAAAGCAGAUACCGAGAUGAUCUCUUUCUAUUUCCAAAACGAAUGUUCUGCGGCUUUGACACAAUAUGUCGAUGGCUUAAGGUUGCUUUUCAAAGAUCUUGAUGCGUGGGCAGAUAAAAAGUCGGCCAAUGAUGUCGCUAUCGUGAUUGGACGUUUGGCACGGACCAUUGCUACGUUAUCCAAAGAAUUACCACGUGCUUUCUCUUGCUUCUCAUCAGCCGUGCGAUCAUUUGAAUUGCGCAGUGAUAUUGACAAAGAUACAAGGUAUCUUCAAGUGAAAAACGACUUGUUGGAAACCUUUCACGAGGCGCAUCGUGGCUGGAUAGACAGUGUGUGUGGUGAAUAUGCUUCCGCAUUGCACAUCGCCUUGACAACCCUACACUGGAAUGACGAAUGUGCCGCUGCUUUAUUAUGGGAACGUAAGUUGUGUCUUAUUUGCAACUUUGUUUCCUUUGAAUUUCCUUGCUGCUUUCCAAAGAAACCUAGGCUGACAGGUGAAUAG